AUGCCAUCGCAGGUUGCACGCGCAGCCAGCUCGUCCGGAAGGCAUCGACAGCUGGACAAGACCCUGUACGCAGAGGUCGAGAAGACGCUCGACCGACGGGAUCGGAGGCUGUCCCUGCGCGAGCGCAUCGUGCUCGACAAGCCGUUCUCGGAGAGGAUCGCCAUCGUGAAGGCGAUGCUGCCGCUCCUGCAGCCACUUCCGCCGCUGCUGCCGCAGAUUUUCGACCUCGAACCUGCCCCUCAGGGCCUGGUCGACGAUGACAUCGAGUCCGAUGGCUCGGCAGACAACGCGAUCACCAACGAAAAGAGCGCCGCCGAGGCGAAGGCUAUGGUUGAGCACCCUGGUGCCGACAUAACCACCGCCAGCCAGCGCACCGCCAUCACCGUGCACUGCAGCAUCAACGCGGGGAUCUGGACGAUCAAGAUCAGUCAAGUCGCAGGGAAGUUCGGCCCCUGCAUCACCAACCGUGGCUUCCGUCACGAGAUCAUCGAGGACCGCGCCGUGGAUUCAGCUCUCGGGAAGGCAAUGAGCUUGUCGCGCCGCCGGACCCCGAAGUUCGGCGCGCGUUUCUGCGUCGACCAUUCCAGAGCGACCCAUGCGCAGGCCGACGGCCAGACCGAUAUAUUUACCGUGGUUGAGCACAAGGCUCUGGAGACAGUGGCGGGCGAGGCACCAGACGAAAUUAUUUUCAGGGUGCGGGAGGCUGGGGGCGGCGACGAGGGGAUUUGGGUGCCCGGGUCCGGGGUGGACCCCCCCGACUGCGAUCCGUACUUUGCGGAGAAUUGCCUCGACGCGCAGCGGGGGAUCAGGCGGGCGCAGGCAGACUCCCGCGCAACCGCGUCCGCUGUCAUGGCUGAAGCUGCGUCGUUCUGGCAUCUCUUGGCGCCGAAGGGGCGAGAGGACACUCUGGCGCUCCAUUCUUCUUCGGGGUAUUUGGCGGCAACCCUUGCACUGCGGCGCCUUGCACUGCGCCGCGAAGUCGCCGUGUUCGAGCGAGAGUUCCUCUCCGCCGGCUGCGUCCAGCUCUUGCGGGGGCCCCUGGUCUUGGUUCUGGCCGGCUGCAAAGCAGGCGCCCGUCCGGGCGGCAGCUUGGGGCCCAAUCUGUGCGUCAAGGACAUGUGCAAGCGCCUUGGCGACUACCCGAACUGCCAGUGCCCGGGCUUCGCAGGGCAGCCCGCGGAGGACGGGGACACCCGCGCCUGCAUGGACAAGCACUGCCAGGAUCCCAAUCAGCCCUGCCCGAGCGACCCCUUCGUGACCUGCGUGAAGGAGACGACGAAGGUCGCCGCGCUGCAGUGGGACGACCUGAUGAAGCGCGUGGACAGCCAACUGGGGCUCUUCCAGAAGGCGCUGGGGCGCGUGCGGAACAGCGGCCGCGCGGCGGCGUCCGACAACGCGACGUCCUGCCAGGUGCGUAGCCACGACCACCUGGUGCUGGUGCAGGCGCGCGUGGGCAUGUUCGGCAUCGACUGCGAGGAAAUGUGCAAGAAGCUCAAUGCGUACCCCGACGGCUGCCAGUGCCCGGGUUUCGAGGGCGAGCCAGCUGGCGAGGACGACACGCGCGCGUGUUACGUGAAGAACUGCCAGGACCCGGACAACCAUUGCCCCACCGACGCUUUCGUCACGUGCGUGAAGACGACGAGCAAGUUCUCGGCGUUGCAGCUCCCUGCCAUGCUGCAGAGCUUGGACCUGUACGAGAAGAAUUUCAAGGCGCUCGCCGCGGCUCACCGCGCCCGGAAGGAGCUCCACUGAGAGCGCUGGCCCCCGCGCGCCGGUGUGCGCGCUUCCGCGGCCCUGCCGCGGGGGGAGGCAAAUCAGCCGCUGCCUUCUGGAGACGAUCACGAUCGCUCCGAGGUUGAACGGUCCACGAGGUGUGGGAGACCCACGCCGAAGCUGUCCGGGCAGGAACCCACCGUGGUGGGCUUUGUCCGCGCCGUCAUCGCGCGGCAGAGCAGGAGCAGGAGGCCGAUCCCCCCAGGCGGCGGCCGUGGACA